CAAGUUGUUGCCAACACCCCUACUGAAAAGCAGGAAGCACUCCCUUCAGAAUUAGAACAAACAGUGGUAGCAACAGAGGAAGCAACCAUUCAUGGAGAAUACAGCACAUCUCCCUGAUCAGAGUGCAACAACAGCAAUAAAUUUGGAAACAUCAGCAACAAUGGUUUCUGAACCAAUGAAUGGCACAACAACAAUUGCUAAUACAACCACUACUACUACAAAUAAUGAAACGGAAACAAUACAAAAUAAUUCAUCAAGUAAAACUUCGGAACAAAUUAAAAAGGAAGUUGAAGAUAUUGCUAACAAAAUUGCCUUGGAAAGGGCAACAAACUUGAGAAAGGAGCAACCUGUUAAAAAACCAUCAUCAUCAAUCAUUGAUGUUACUAGAUUAAAUUUCGAUGAAAAGUUUCAAGAAAUUCAAGAACUUCUUCCUACCACUGCAUUUAUCAGUUUUGAUCUUGAAAUGACCGGAUUAGAAGUAGAAUAUCUUAAAUUGAAAGAUAGUGUUAAAGCAUUUGAAGUUAUUCAAGUUGGUCUCUGUUUGUGGUUUGUUAAGGAUGUUGUAGAAGAACAACCAGCUACCGACUCUAUGCAAGAUGACGAAAUUAUUGACCAAGCAGAGAGAUUAAGAAGACUUAUAAAAUCAUCAAUGAACAAAAAGACCACUACUACAGUCACAGCUAAGCCAUAUAAUUUCUACGUUUUCAAAUCACCAACUCGUUCAGCAAAUGUAUUUUCAUGUCAAAACACUUGUCUUCAAUUUUUAGUCAAUAACAAGAUGGAUAUCAAUAAGGUAAUCGGUCAAGGUAUCAGUUAUAUGAAUGAGGAUGAAGAAGAAGCCAUCAGAGAAAAUGUCACAAGAAUUACCAAGCAAAAGGCUGCUUCUGCUACCAAUAGAAGAAAGUCUGAUCGUGGAGAUAAGAUUCAAGUUGAAAAUUUAAAACCAGAACAACGUGAAUUUUUGGAAAAUUGUAAAAGUAGAGUUGCUGAAUGGUUUGAUAAUUCAGAAGAUGAUGAUAUUAACUUGGAUCCUUGCAAUACUUUUGAAAGAAAGUUGCUCUUCCAAGAAUUUGGAGAAAUGAUUACCCUUACAACUAUUUACGCCAACAAUAGAACAGCAUUUAUUCGAGUACAGAGAGCUAGUGGAGAAAGUGAAGAAGAAAAGAUGCAAAGAGAAAUCAGAGAGGCUGUAAAUAGAGAUAUUGGAUUUUCAAGAAUUAUCAGAGAAUUGAAAAAACACAAACACUUAUUCUUUAUUGGCCAUAAUGCCAUGCUGGAUAUGAUGCACAUUGUUCACAAAUUUAUACAACCACUUCCAGAGUCUUCAGAACAAUUCAAGACUAUUGUUAGAGAGAAUUUUGAACAUGUAAUAGAUACCAAAUAUAUCUGUGAGACUUAUCCUCAAAUUUCUUCAGCUCUUGGCAGAGACACCUCUCUGAGAACCGCUUUUGAAUAUACACUCAAUAAUAACAACACAGAUGGUCCAGUUUUUGAAAACUUCACAGAGUUUUAUUCUUCCAUCAAGGAUUUCGAUCACGUUGCUGCAUUUGAUGCUUUCAUGACUGGUUAUGUAUUUUACAGAAUUAGCCACAUGAUUGCAACAAACAGAAAUAAUAAGAAUUUUAAAGGAAUUGCCGAUUUGACUCACAUCAAGGAAAUGACAAACAUUAUUAAUAUCCAUAAUUGUGAUUUGAAUUUGAAACUUUUAAAGACUAACCCAUCUGAAGAUAGAUCUGAUGUCUUCCUCUUAACUAAUCUCACACAGGAAAUUACUAAUGAACAUAUUAAGGAUGCGUUCUCAAGGUACGGUAUGAUUAAGAUUUUUUGGAUAAAUGCCAAGUAUUGUUGGGUCAAGCUUUCAAACAAGGCAUCAGUUUUAUCAUGUAACAGAGAUGUCAUGAAUCAAAUGGAAUGCCAUAAUGAAGGAAUGAAAACUUUAGCUUUCGAAAAGGGUGUGACCAUUAUGACCUAUGCCCAAGCACAACAAGGAAAAAUACUUCCAACUAUUUCACAACUUGCUUCUCUAGUGCCUUUGGCAAUGGAAGAUGAAAACUCUAAAAAGCGUAAGAAUGAAGAAGUUGAAGAACAAACCACACCAUCACGAAAUGCAGCAAACACCUCACCUUCCCAAAAUAACAAUCCAAAGAGAGUACGCAGGAGUAGUGGAGUCCCACCAACUGAAUCUGAAAAGGCAUCUUCUUGCAACAUUCUCUAAUGUGUUUCACUCUCAAUUUUGGCAAAGGGAUUAUCACAGUGAAACCUAAACUCAAAAAAAAGCAUUGAGCUCAAUAAUGUAAGUUAAAUAAAUCCAAAGAUUGUUUUUAU